AUGGAUGGUACUGCAAAUGAGCAUCCAGAUGCAAAGUCUGACGGAUACCCAACUAUUUUCUUCUAUCCAGCUGGGAAGAAAAGCUUUGAGCCUAUCACUUUUGAGGGGGAGCGGACAGUGGUAGAUAUGUACAAGUUCAUCAAGAAACAUGCUAGCAUCCCUUUCAAGUUGAAGCGCCAGGAGUCAAGAACCGAGAGUACUCAGAAGGAGGGUGUGAAGAGCUAUGGUACGAACCUGAAGGACGAACUAUAG